AUGGCUCGAUCGUGUGGGAUACAUAUCGAUGACCGGAAGCCGUCCGGCGCUCUUGGUGGGCAUGAACAGUCUAAGCUGUAUCCUCCAUAUCUCCCCCACGGGCUAUUUACAGUAGGAAUUCAGGAGAUUGUGGACAAGAACGCAACGAUCGAUUUGCUCGACAAUAUUGGCCGCUGCCAUCAAUCCCUUGGAGAGUACAGUCAUGCGGUUUCGGCACAUGAAAAAGUGCUCAAACGUAGAGACCGAACUAUUGGGCUAACACAAGAAGCGACGCUCGAUACCAUGAAUAAGUUGGGCUUAGUAUUACAUUCACUAGGAGAUUAUGUUAAAGCAGAAAGGAUCCACCGACGAACAUUGAUCUUGAAUAAGGAGGUGCUCGGCCCUCAACAUCCUUUGACCCUGACCAGCCAGGCCAACCUAGCAUCUACCUACCGGAAUCAAGGCCGAUGGAAGGAGGCUGAAGAAUUGAACGUGCAAGUGAUGGAGACGAGUUCGCGAGUGCUCGGCCCUGAAAAUCCCUCGACCCUGGCCAGUCAGGCCAACCUGGCAGCCACCUUGAAAGAUCAAAACUGUCUUGAGAGAGCGAUACAGCUGAUGGUUCCGUGUGUCGAGCUUAGCAGUAAGGUUCUGGGUCCUGAACACCAUCUUACUAGCGUUAGAUUACACACUUUGGCAUUAUGGCAACAGUCUCGAAAAAUUGCCAGUUCCAGGACAGUAUAA